ACAAAAUUCAAAUCCCUACAAAAACCCUCCAAACAAAGACAAAAACUCAAUCUUGAAACCCAAGCUCAAAGCACUCUGCACCAUUGACCUACCUAGUUCUUUUAUCAGCAUUUUCAAACAAGCCCACAAACAAAACAGCUGCAUAACAUACACCAAGAGCCUUUGCAGCUUUCUUCAUGGCCUCAAGCAUCCAGAGCGUCCCUCUUUCAGGUAUUAGAGCACCUCUAACUUUGGAUGAUUCCGACUUUGAUUCUUCUUUUUCGUCGAAGAGUGGUAGCUAUUACAGUGAUAGCGAGCUUGAGAAUGUUGAGGGUGAUGAGGAUAUGUUAGAAGUUGGUGGUGGUGUUGAGGAAGAUGAGGGGAUUGUUGAAGAAACUGAAGUCGUGAGUGAGUUUGAGGUUUCUGGUGGUGCUGUGGUUGGAUUGAGUGGAGAAGUAGUUGAGAGUAGUAAGAGUAAGGAGCGAAGAUUUGUUCAAGAAAGUGGUGAUUUUGAUGAUUCAGGGUCGUUGUUGAGUGAGUCGAAUAAUGAUGAGCUAGUCGAAAAGUCGAAGAAUGGUGCGAAUUUGAGCAGUUUUAGGCCUAUUGUGGCUGUAGCAGAUGAGGGAGUUGAGGAGGUUGAGGAGGUUGGGGAGGUUGAGGUUACACCAGUUAUGGGACCUAGAGUUUUAUCAGCAAGGAAGCUGGCUGUUCCUGUUGCCAAGAUAUCCGGGGACAGUGAUGACGACUCUUAUGGCAGCGUGGUUUCGGAUGAAGAAGGUUCCUAUGCUGGCGUUGCAAGGGUUCCUGGCAUUGAAGUGCUGCAUAGGAUUGGCAGUGCACCGAUAGUUAGAAUAUUGGAGGAUGAUGAUGAAGGGAAUGAGAAUGAGUCACAAGGUGAGAAUGUUGUGGAUAUGGAGCUUGAUGGGAACGUGCUAGAUGAGAUGGAGCCCUCUCUGGUUAAAGAUAGUGAUGCCCUUGAUUUCAAUGAAGAAACUAUGGCUCACUCGUUGGAUGUGGACGAAGAGUUUAAUCCCACGGCCGAAUCAAGGCAUGAUGGAGAGCUUAUUCAUUUGGAUGAGGAUAUUAAAGAGGUUGAUAUUGUUGAAGAGAGGAAGGAGUGUUUGGAAUUGGUUGGUUCCAGAGAGGAUGCUGAUUUUGCUGAGAGCAUAGUUUUGCACGAUGUAUCUUGUGUUGCUUCGGUUGAAGAAGCUGCAGGAAGUAAUACUGGUUUAGAGGAUAAUUAUAUUAUCAAUCAGGAGAGUUUGGAAUUGGUUGGUUCUAAAGAGCUUGCUGAUUUUGCUGAAAGCAUAGUUUUGCACGAUGUAUCUUGUGUUACUUCGGUUGAAGAAGCUGCAGGAAGUAAUGUUGGUCCAGAAUUAGAGGAUAAUUAUAUCUUCAAUCAGGAUCAUGAGAGUGAGAAUGUGGAAGGAAUGAAGCAAGGGAUUCAGCAGACAGUUGAGUCCUCUUGCUUUGAUACUGACCAUGAAAUUAGCUCCCCUCAUUUUUGUGUUGACAUCAACGAAGAUGCUAGCUCGAUAUGUGCAGUUGCUGCAAGUCAGUCUGUCUUUGAUGGUUCAAAGUUAGAUGAAGAAGAAACUGGGAAAGAAGUUGAAGCCAGUGAAGUAUUGCCUAGUGACGUAGAAGAAUCAAGCUUUUACAUGGACAUUAGUAAAGCUGAA